GCUUUUGAAGCAAACUUCAGUCUAACAUUUGCGGCUCUCGCGUUUUUGCUGAAUUUCCAAGUUUUAGCGAAUUUCCCGGAUAAAUAGUGCGAUAAAUAGCGUGAAAAGAUGAGCAAGGAGGAGGAAACAAUGGAUACUGGAGAAACCAAUGAAAAUUCGAAUGGCUCCACGUCCGAUACGACAUCCUCAAAGGGGAAGGAGACGGAUUUUGAUUGUAAAAUUGAAACAGACAGGAGUAAGAGGUUUGAGUAUCUCCUGAAGCAGACGGAGAUCUUUACUCACUUUAUGACCAAUACGGGGCCCAAGAGUAGCCCUCUGAAGAUUAAAGCUGGCCGUCCGAAGAAGCCAAAGGAGGCUAAAGCUGAGCAACCACCAGUCGAUGUGUCAGAUCAUCGACACCGGAAAACAGAACAGGAGGAAGAUGAGGAACUCCUGGCUGAGGAAACAAAGACCCCGGAAAUCUUCCGUUUUGAAUCUUCGCCACAUUACAUCAAACACGGCGAGAUGCGUGAUUACCAAGUCCGUGGGCUGAAUUGGAUGAUCUCGCUAUACGAGAAUGGAAUUAAUGGGAUUCUAGCUGAUGAAAUGGGUCUAGGAAAGACACUGCAGACCAUCUCCCUGCUGGGCUACCUCAAGCACUUCCGCAACAAUCCCGGACCGCACAUUGUAAUCGUGCCCAAGUCAACAUUGCAGAAUUGGAUGAAUGAAUUCAAUCAGUGGUGCCCCUCACUGCGAGCUGUCUGCCUCAUUGGAGAUCAAGACACCCGGAACACCUUUAUCCGGGAGGUUCUCAUGCCCGGCGAGUGGGAUGUGUGCGUAACAUCGUACGAGAUGUGUAUUCGUGAGAAGAGCGUCUUCAAGAAGUUCAACUGGCGCUACAUGGUCAUUGAUGAGGCUCACCGAAUUAAGAAUGAAAAAUCCAAACUCAGCGAAAUCCUCAGAGAAUUCAAGACGGCCAAUCGUCUCCUACUCACAGGAACACCGUUGCAGAACAAUCUCCACGAAUUGUGGUCUCUGCUGAACUUCCUCUUACCGGAUGUCUUCAACAGUGCUGAUGAUUUUGAUUCGUGGUUCAAUACCAAUCAAUGCUUGGGUGAUGAUUCCCUCGUGAGUCGCCUACAUGCCGUCCUCAAGCCCUUCCUGCUGCGUCGUCUCAAGUCUGACGUGGAGAAGAGGCUGAAGCCCAAGAAGGAGCUAAAGAUCUUUGUCGGGUUGUCCAAGAUGCAGCGCGAAUGGUACACGAAGGUCCUCAUGAAGGAUAUUGACAUUGUCAAUGGAGCUGGGAAGAUUGAGAAGAUGCGCCUGCAGAAUAUUCUCAUGCAACUCCGGAAGUGCACAAAUCACCCAUAUCUCUUCGAUGGAGCAGAACCAGGACCACCGUACACUACGGAUGAGCAUUUGGUGAACAAUUGCGGCAAACUCACCAUUAUGGAUAAGCUUCUGCCACGUCUGCAAGAGCAGGGGUCGCGUGUAUUGAUUUUCAGCCAAAUGACCCGUAUGCUGGACAUCCUGGAGGAUUACUGCCUCUGGAGGGGCUACCAAUACUGUCGCCUGGAUGGGCAGACACCCCAUGAGGAUCGAAAUAGGCAGAUUCAGGAGUACAAUGCGAAGAACAGCAGCAAAUUCAUCUUCAUGCUGUCCACACGUGCUGGUGGUUUGGGAAUUAAUCUCGCCACAGCGGACGUGGUCAUCAUCUAUGACUCUGACUGGAACCCACAGAUGGAUCUUCAAGCUAUGGAUCGUGCCCAUCGAAUUGGGCAGAAGAAGCAGGUGCGUGUCUUCCGUUUUAUCACGGAGAACACCGUCGAGGAGAAAAUUGUUGAGCGAGCUGAGGUUAAGCUUCGUCUGGAUAAGCUUGUGAUCCAGCAGGGACGCCUCGUGGACAAUAAAUCAAGCCAAUUGAACAAGGAUGAAAUGCUAAAUAUGAUUCGCUUCGGAGCAAACCACGUCUUUGCGUCUAAAGAUUCCGAAAUCACAGAUGAGGACAUUGAUACGAUUCUGGAACGUGGAGAGGCCAAAACGAAUGAGCAGAAGGAGAAGCUGGAGCAGUUGGGUGAGAGUUCUCUCCGGAACUUCACCAUGGACACAGGGACAGAGAGUUCGGUGUACCAAUUUGAGGGAGAGGAUUAUCGUGAGAAGCAGAAGGCAAUGACAAUGGGCAAUUGGAUUGAGCCCCCAAAACGAGAGCGUAAAGCAAAUUAUGCUGUCGAUGCGUACUUCCGUGAGGCGCUCAGAGUGUCUGAACCCAAAGCCCCUAAAGCUCCACGUCCACCCAAACAGCCAAUCGUGCAGGACUUUCAAUUCUUCCCUCCGAGACUCUUUGAGAUCCUUGAUCAGGAGAUUUAUUACUUCCGGAAGACACUCAACUACAAGGUUCCGAAGAAUCAAGAAUUAGGUCCGGAUGCUGCAAAAGUUCAGCGUGAGGAGCAAAGGAAAAUUGACGAUGCAGAACCCCUGACUGAGGAGGAAGUGGUUGAGAAAGAAUCUCUCCUGACUCAAGGUUUUACAAACUGGACAAAGCGGGAUUUUAAUCAAUUCAUCAAGGCAAAUGAAAAGUAUGGACGUGAUGAUAUUGACAACAUUGCCAAGGAUGUAGAGGGAAAGACUCCCGAGGAGGUGGUGGAGUACAGCACAGUCUUCUGGGAGCGCUGCCAUGAGUUGCAGGACAUUGAGCGCAUCAUGGCGCAAAUUGAACGUGGCGAAGCGAAAAUCCAACGUCGGGCAUCAAUUAAGAAGGCUCUCGAUGGGAAAAUGUCUCGCUACAGGGCACCCUUCCAUCAGCUCCGGAUUUCCUACGGGAACAACAAGGGGAAGAACUACACAGAGGAGGAAGAUCGCUUCCUUGUGUGCAUGUUGCACAAGCUUGGAUUUGACAAGGAGAACGUCUAUGAGGAGCUUCGCUUUGCAGUUCGUUCAGCUCCACAAUUUCGUUUUGAUUGGUUCCUGAAAUCUCGUACAGCAUCCGAGCUUCAGAGACGCUGCAAUACCCUCAUUACGCUGAUUGAGCGCGAGAAUCAAGAGCUGGAGGAGAAGGAACGACUGGAGAAGAAGAAAAAGUCCAACAAGGGUGGAAAUUCAUCUCAAUCGAGCUCAGGUCAGCAAAAAUCAGGGCAGAAACGCAAAUCGGACGUUGCUGGAAAUGAUCGCGGGAAGAAGAAGAGGCGAUAAGCAUCCCGGAGACAUUUUUGAAGGCUUAUUUAUCAGCGGCAUUGUCACUCAACACAUUCAAACUUAGGCAUUAUAAGAUAAAGUAUUAUUUGUAAUUCAAAUUGGUAGAGAAUUGUGCGUGUACUGGACACACAGAAUCCAGCUUCCUGGAGCUGGGAUGUCCGGUAGUUUUUGUGUAGUAGCGUUUGAAAUAAAGUUUCGAUGUACCGUCAGAGGGCUAAGCAACAUAA